CGUCCAAGUGAAAAGACCCCUCAAAUGAUAUCAAAUCCCUGUUCGUUUCACCAUUUCCUCUGCAUCCACACAACAUUGGAAUAAAAUUUCAGUUCUCAGUAUAGAACAGUUGGAGGAAUUCUUUCAAGGAAAUUCUCAUUCCAAAGGGGUUAGAGGAGGGGAGGGGGGGAUACGGUGAUUUCAUUGGCCCUGUUCGGUUUUCAACAGAACCGACCUUGAUCUGAACGACAGCCUGGAAUUUAUUUUUAUUUUUCACAUGAGGAAUCGAAUUCUAUUAUGGAAUUGAGACACAGAAGAAGAACCCCUACUUCAUGGAUUUCCCACCUUGAACAUCGCUAUGCGUGAGAAUAUCCAGCUAAACACCACCUUCUCUAAGGAAGACUUGAACUCCAUAUACCUCCCCAGAAACUACAGCGACAUCUACUUCUUCUCCAACAACUCCCUCACCUAUGUCAACUAUUCCAACCACCCCAUCCCUUCUACAAACUGGGGACCUAAGAGGGACCCUCUGGAGAUCGUCAUCCCCAUCACAGUCAUCUACGUCCUCACCUUCUUCAGCGGUUUGAUCGGCAACAUAAGUACCUGUAUAGUUAUAGCGAAGAACAAAUCGAUGCACACCGCUACAAAUUAUUACCUAUUCAGUCUGGCCAUAUCGGACUUGCUCCUGUUGAUCUCUGGACUACCACCUGAAAUCUAUUACGUUUGGUCCAAGUACCCCUACAUUUUCGGCGAAGCUUUCUGCAUUCUCCAGGGUUUCGCUGCUGAAACAUCGGCGAACGCCACUGUUCUCACCAUCACAGCGUUCACGGUGGAGAGAUACGUCGCCAUCUGCCAUCCCUUCCUAUCGCACACCCUCUCCAAGUUGAGCAGAGCCGUGAAAUUCAUCGUGGCCAUCUGGGCUGUCGCGCUGUGUCUGGCUGUACCGCCGGCCAUGGGUUUCGGCGUUGUCUGCGAGCAGAUCAACGGUACGAUCGUGGACGAACAUUGCGUCUGUAUGGUGAAGCGUCAGGUCAUCCCGCACGCUUUUGAGAUCUCCACCUGUGUGUUCUUCGUGGCCCCCAUGUCCCUCAUCACCGUGCUCUACAUCCUGAUCGGCCUACAGCUGCACAAGUCCACCGUUGGUCCUUCGAGAGGGAAUAGCGUCAAGAUGAAGUACAAGGUGUAUAAGCCGGUUGCUACUUAUGGAAACGCGCAGGCGCAGGCUGUGGUUGUGGUGAACGAACCAGGAAACGAAAAACAGGUGGUUAAAAAUCAGGAGGAGGAUGGUAGAAAGAACUUCGCGAAGAAUGCCCAGGCUGCUAAACACGUUGUUAAAAUGUUAGUUGCUGUUGUAGUUACUUUCUUCAUCUGUUGGGCUCCUUUCCACGCCCAACGUUUACUUGCAAUCUACGGGGAGAGAUCCUCAUCGAGAACUAUAAAGGCCUACCAGAUGCUGACUUAUGUCAGUGGAGUGUUGUACUAUCUGUCCACCACUGUGAACCCUUUGCUGUACAAUAUAAUGUCCCACAAAUUCCGAGAAGCUUUCAAGAACACGUUCAAAAAGUGCUUCAGACGCCAUCUGAUGGCGAGCGAUCCGGCAGGAGGUAGGUGUUACGUCAACUUAUCCGGCAGGUCCUCACAAGUAAACAGUCAUAGCAACACCGAUUCUUACAGCAGACAGAGCUCGCUUCGCUACCUGGACGGAGAGAUGGCGCGCCUGCACGAUCAUCGCAGGCCCCUGGUCGUCUCUUUCAAGCGCAAAGGUGCUUCGGCGUCGCCCUACAGAAACCGACGCGCCGACAAGGGCGAGCAGACGUUUGACGGUGACUUUCCAGAAGUGCGGGACAAGAGGAUGAACGGGAAUGUAGAAAACGGCUUGGACCAGAAGAUAUCCAUUCUGCAAGAGGAGAUUCUUGAAGAACCCACGACAGCCCAGUUAACCUACGUGGAAGUACACAGUCUACAACCCACCCACAUCUGUCCACUCAAUAUAACCAAUCUUCAUUCCAUCGAGAAUUUAAAGCUGGAAAACAUUCAACGGAAGAAGAGGAACAGCUACACGAAAUCGCUGAAUUGUGAGCUGACACCGGAUAGUGACCACAACAUAUUCAAAUCUUGCACAAUGCCAGAUAUAGCGAAGAAUAAGAAAAUCAUAGAGAGGAACGAUGUAGGCUUGGAAAACGAAAGUUCGGCAUUUGUCGGUUGCAAUAGGCUUUCUCCUUCGGACAAGCGAAAGGAAUAUCUUUGCGUUUCAAGCAUACUCUUGAGCAGAGCUAACCCUAUAAUAAACGUCAAUUGAUUUAUUCUCAGUUGAAGUAUUGGGAGACAUUUUUAGUUGGGUUCGAUGAGUUGGGAGUCAACUCCGAAACAAGGAAGCUUGUUACCUAAUCCUCAAGAAAGUCGAUUCGAUAAUUCUCAAAAAAAUCAUUUGAAUUUUGAAUUACCCGCGCCUGGUUUAAUCAGUUGUAAGCAUUCUCAUUGGUUUACGGAAAUCAAACGGAAGUUACCUCAACUGUCACAAGUCACCUUGACACACGAUCACAGAGUAUGUGACGUUUUCUUCUUUUUCUUCUAAGUUGACUCCCAAAGUUAAGUUUUGAUGAUGUAAUGAUAAUUCUGUGAUAAAUAAAGAUGAAAUUUUGUCCAAACUUUGGGAUGAAAAUGAUAAUAUAAAUAUAUUCAACGUUGAAACGAAUUUUUCGAUUGUUCAAUCAAGAUUAUGAUUAUUUCAGAAUGUUAUGUUGGGACUGGAGAAAUGGUGAGAUAUGAAGAUGAACAUUUGUACCUGACAUUAAAGGAGUUGCGAUGAUUGUUAUUUUUCUCGAGAAAUUAAUGGUAUAAUAAAUGUUGCUUGUGAUA